UUAUAAACAACAAAAAAUAUGGGGACUGACAUGCCGUAAAGCUGAAAUUUUCAAUACUUCGAAAAGUUUCAAAGAUUUAUAUAGACCUAGUCUUAAAUUUAUUUAGUAGAUCUAGAUCUAUAUCUAGAUUGGGUGUAUAAUUUUGUUAAAGGCAGGAAUAAAACAGUUGAAGUAAGAAAUACAAAUGUUGACCAACAAGAUCUUCAUCAAGAAAACCAGGUUGGGUGGCGUGAUGAAAAUUGUCCGUGAACACUAUCUGAGAGAUGAUAUUAGCUGUGGCUCAAUGGCAUGUGUUAAAAAUUGUCAAGGUUUGGAAAGAGAGCCUCUAGAAGAGUCACCUGACUCUGAUAGCUCACUGUUGCGGAAGAGUCAUUAUAUUAUUCCAGAUACUAAUGUUGUACUUCAUCAAAUUGAUGUUCUAGAAGAUCCUUCAAUAAAAAAUGUCAUAAUUCUCCAGACAGUUCUUGAUGAAAUACGACACAGAAGUGCACCAGUGUACAAAAGAGUUACUGAAAUGAUAUCAAGCUCACAAAAACAUUUCUAUACAUAUUGCAAUGAGUUUAACAUGAACACAUACGUUGAGCGUAAGCCUGGUGAAAGUGCCAAUGAUAGAAAUGACAGGGCUAUUAGAAAAGCUGUUGGAUGGUACUCUAGUCAUUUAAAAGAUGCUGGGGUACUUGUUUUGCUGCUCACUAAUGAUGUGGAAAACCUAAAGUAUGCCCUCUCCAAAAAUUUAAAUGCCUAUACAAUCUAUGACUAUGUGAAAAGCUUAUCCAAUAAAACAAUUGUGGACAGGCUUGCCAACCCUCUCAAUCAAUCUAUCUCAGACAAGAACAAAGUUUUAUUUGCUGAACACUUGGGCAUGGCAGAGAUCCAGAAGGGCAUACGCUCUGGAAAGUACCUGCAGGGGACAAUACUUAUAAGCAGAGAGAACUACUUGGAGGCCAAUGUCAGCAUCAGAGAUAAAGACCAAAUGGUGUUUGUUCAAGGAUUACAAAAUCUUAACAGAGCUGUGAAUGAUGAUGUAGUGGUGAUUGAAAUCUUGCCAGAAUCUGAAUGGAGUUGCCCGUCUUCCAUGGUGCUGGCAGAGGAUGAAGGGAAGGAUGAAGAAGACGAGGAGAAUAGGGGACUAAAUGACAGUGAAAAACUGAUUCAAAAUAAAGUGCCACGGGAACUUCGUCAGCCCACUGGUAGGGUUGUUGGCAUUGUUAAAAGAAACUGGAGGCAAUACUGUGGCAUAUUGCAACCAUCCAUAUUAAAAGAGAGAACUAGACAUUUGUUCAUACCUGCAGAGAAACGAAUACCAAAGAUAAGAAUUGAAACAAGGCAGUCAGAUGCACUGGCUUCAAAGAGGAUUAUAGUAGCUAUUGAUAGUUGGCCUCGUAACUCUAGAUAUCCUUUGGGUCACUUUGUCCGCUGCCUUGGUGGAGUUGGAGAUAAAGAUACAGAGAAUGAAGUUCUUCUUUUGGAACAUGAUGUCCCUCAUUCCAAUUUCUCUGAAGCUGUUCUUAGCUUUCUACCGAAAAUGCCAUGGACAAUCACAGAAGAGGACCUGAAGAGGCGCAGGGAUCUGCGGCACCUUGACAUUUGUAGUGUUGACCCUCCUGGCUGUACAGAUAUAGAUGAUGCUCUUCACUGUAGAUCUUUAUCAAAUGGAAACUUUGAGGUUGGUGUGCACAUAGCAGAUGUUUCUCACUUCAUUCGACCAGGCAAUGCUCUGGACCAAGAGGCAGCCAACAGAGGAACUACUGUUUAUCUAACAGACAAAAGAAUAGACAUGGUACCAGACUUACUAAGUUCUAACUUAUGUUCACUUCGAAGUGGAGUUAACAGAUUUGCAUUUUCAGUUCUAUGGGAGAUGACUCCUCAGGCAGAUAUCAUUAGUACAGAUUUCACCAAGAGUAUUAUUGAUUCCAAGGCAUCACUGACGUAUGCAGAAGCUCAGUUGAAAAUAGAUGAUCCUAAUGCUUCAGAUAAUUUGACCAAAAGCUUGCGAGGUCUUAAUCAUCUGGCGAAAAUUCUAAAGAAAAAGAGAUUAGACAAUGGAGCUUUGAGCUUAGCUUCAACCGAGGUCAGGUUUUUUGUUGAUAGUGAGACCAAUGAUCCCAUUGAUGUUCAGACUAAAGAACUCAGGGAAACUAAUUCUAUGGUGGAAGAAUUCAUGUUGCUGGCAAACAUUGCAGUGGCAGAGAAAAUUCUCAAGGAGUUUCCAGACAAUGCUUUACUGCGACGUCAUCCGUCUCCACCUGUGUCAAAUUUUGAUCCUUUGAUCAAAGCAGCUGCUUCAAAAGGUUUUAAAAUAGAUGUCUCCUCUGGUAAAGGUUUAGCUGACAGUUUGGACAAAGCUGUUGUACCAGAGAAUCCUUAUUUUAACACAAUGCUGCGUAUAAUGACUACACGAUGCAUGAUGCAGGCUGUGUAUUUCUGUAGUGGAAUGUUGCAGCCAAUGGACUAUCUCCAUUAUGGUCUGGCCACUCCUAUAUAUACUCACUUCACCUCACCCAUUAGAAGAUAUUCAGAUAUUAUUGCUCACCGUUUGCUAGCAGUUAGUAUUGGUGCCGAUGCAUCAUAUCCAGAGCUGUUGGAAAAGACUAAGAUCCAGAGUCUGUGCAACAACUUGAACUACAGGCAUAAGAUGGCCCAGUAUGCUGGUAGAGCUUCAGUCAAUUUACACACACAUCUUUUCUUUAAAACUCGUGUACAAGACGAGCAAGGUCAUGUGUUAUUUGUACGUAAGAAUGCCCUGCAGAUUCUCAUUCCAAAGUAUGGUCUUGAGGGUACUGUGUUCCUGAAUGAUGAAGGCCAGAAGACCUCAAGCUUGUUUGUUUAUGAUGAAGAGAUGAACACACAGACAGCUGGUAAUGUGACCAUUCAUGUAUUUGACCCAGUGAUUGUCCAGCUAAGCAUUGACCGAUCCAAUGUCCAGCACAUGAAACUUUCUUUAAAACUGGUGAAGCCUGAGAUUCCUGGUUUCAGUGUCCCAUCUGUUAAAGAUACUUCUACUUUAUCAACACAAGAGCCUGUUGGAAAAUCAGCUCAGAAGAAAAGAAAGAUGAUGUAAAAGUCAUUAGUUCUUUGUUCAGUGAAUUCUUGCUGUUCAUGACAAACAUUUAGCUUUAGUUGAAUUAACAAUGCCAUCUUUUUAUGUUUUCUUGAAUGAAUGGAUCAUUUUUAAACAUUGUUAUUUUGCAUUGCAAAUUAUUGAUGUAAAUCUUUUGUCAAAAUAUAUACCUGAUGAAUGUUUGGGUUUUUAACUAAUGGCUAAUAAGGCAGCAAGGUCUUGUUGUUCAAAUGAUAAACUUCUUGUUAAUGUAAUCAUAAUGGCAACAUUUAAGUCAAUAAAUGUUGACAUUAAAAAAAAAAAGAUUUUUUUUGU